AAGCCUUACCAGGAAGUGCAGCCGUGAUGUCAACAGAUACAUGGAGAUGUCGACAUGAAUCUGCCACUGUUUUUAAUUACAAAACGUUGCUUUUGGGUUUAAAGUCGGUGAGUUGAGAAUGAGAGGCGUUAGUCUUAAAGUUUUGUUGCUGUGUUUUUUGCUGUUUUUCGUAAAUCCGUGCGUGUCAGAGCGAGAUGACAGAGAAAAGUCGUUGGAGCUGCUUGAGCGACACGACGACGGAGAGAUUGUGAAACAUGAGGGAAACACUCCACUUGAAAGCAAGCAAACAUUAAUAAAACAUGGAAAAGUGGAUGAAGUCGAUUCAAACGAACCAUUGAAGGAUGUACAGCCUGCCAGUAAGUCCAAUGACACCGUGGAUAACUAUAGCAAUGAGACUCUCCACUCUACAACAACUGCUGCCAAGCCAACAACCCCGGCACCCCCAACCCCCAAGCCCAUUUUGCCCGUACAGACGGGGGUCAAGGCUCAAGAGGAAGAACAGUCCAGCGGGUUGACCAUAUUCUUCAGUCUGCUCGUUAUUGGUAUCUGCAUCAUAUUGGUGCACCUGCUUAUCAAGUUCAAGCUGCAUUUCCUUCCAGAGAGUGUGGCUGUUGUGUCCCUCGGAAUUCUAAUGGGAGGCUUCAUUAAAAUCAUUGAGUUCCAGGAACUAGCCAACUGGAAGGAGGAGGAAAUGUUCCGACCCAACAUGUUCUUCCUUUUGCUUCUGCCACCCAUCAUCUUUGAAUCCGGAUACUCUUUACAUAAGGGGAACUUCUUCCAGAACAUUGGCUCCAUUACCCUCUUUGCUGUGAUUGGGACAGCUAUCUCUGCCUUCAUAGUCGGAGGGGGGAUCUAUUUCCUUGGCCAGGCUGAUGUGAUCCAUAAGAUGACCAUGACUGAUAGCUUUGCCUUUGGCUCGCUGAUCUCUGCUGUGGACCCUGUAGCUACCAUCGCUAUAUUCAAUGCACUCAAUGUGGACCCGGUCCUCAACAUGCUGGUGUUUGGGGAGAGCAUCCUCAACGACGCUGUCUCCAUUGUCCUUACCAACACUGCAGAGGGUUUCUUUUCCCGCUCAGACAACUCCAUGGUAACGGGCUGGGAAACAUUUAUGCAAGCUCUAGGUUAUUUUCUUAAAAUGUUUUUUGGUUCUGCUGCUCUGGGAACUCUCACUGGACUCAUCUCAGCUCUUUUUCUGAAACACUUUGACUUGAGGAAGACGCCGUCUCUGGAGUUUGGCAUGAUGAUAAUUUUUGCAUACCUUCCCUAUGGCCUGGCGGAGGGAAUCAAACUGUCUGGAAUAAUGUCUAUCCUGUUUGCGGGAAUUGCGAUGUCUCACUACACCCAUCACAAUCUGUCUCCUGUCACCCAAAUCCUUAUGCAGCAGACUCUUCGCACAGUGGCCUUCAUGUGUGAAACGUGCGUGUUUGCCUUCCUUGGUCUCUCCAUCUUCAGCUUCCCUCAUAACUUUGAAAUAUCUUUUGUAAUCUGGUGCAUAGUUUUGGUUCUUCUCGGCCGAGCAGUGAACAUCUUCCCUCUGUCGUUCCUGCUGAAUUUUUUCCGAGACCACAAGAUCACACCCAAAAUGAUGUUCAUCAUGUGGUUUAGUGGCUUGCGAGGUGCUAUUCCCUACGCUUUGAGCCUUCAUUUGGGCCUGGAGCCCAUUGAAAAGCGACAGCUAAUCGGCACCACAACCAUCAUCAUUGUGCUCUUUACCAUCCUCCUCCUCGGGGGCGGGACAAUGCCGCUCAUCCGCAUCAUGGACAUCGAGGACAGCCAGUCGCGGCGUAAGAACAAGAAAGACAUCAAUCUCAGCAAGACAGAGAAAAUGGGCAAUACCAUUGAGUCCGAGCACCUAUCGGAACUGACAGAGGAAGAGUAUGAAGCUCAGAUCUACCAGAGGCAAGAUCUGAAGGGCUUCAUGUGGCUUGAUGCUAAGUACCUUAACCCCUUCUUCACUCGCAGGCUCACCCAAGAGGACCUGUUACAUGGGCGGAUUCAGAUGAAGACCCUGACCAACAAGUGGUAUGAAGAAGUUCGCCAGGGACCAUCAGGCUCCGAGGAUGAUGAUGAUGAAGCAGAACUUCUGUGAACACUUUUGAUUCAUUUGAAAACAAGGAAUGGACAUCGCGUGUCCUGAGCCAUGGGUGUGUGUCGGUCGGUCUGUCUGUGGAGACGAGCACUCUCUUCGGUGUCAGUAACAUGGACUUCUUUGUUGUUCACCGCCACCAAGCGUAUUAGUCAGUUACAACUGUGUAUUCCUGCGCACUGCACUGGAAUGGGUCAAAUCAUAAUCCCGGUUAAACUGGAUUCAAAAAUUCUAACACUGGAUGAAGAAAAAUAUCUGUGAAAGAUUAUAUUUGUUUCGAAUGCCGUAUUGUUACUUGUGAAGAAGCCGACAGGAUAUUGGAUUGUGUGCUCCACCAACACGCUGAGCAGCACAGGGGGUUUUGCUGAUCCUGAGAAUCUUUUCCAGCCUUUUAUGAAGGAUUAGGCCUGAAUGAAAAUCAGUGGGGAAGCUGGGACAAAAAUGUUCUAUUUAAAGCAAUACAAGAGCACCUUUUCUCGUCACAUUUGUAUUGCCCAUUGCUAUGUGAUGCUGUCUUAUUUGAGGUCUGCGGGAAGUUUUAUUUUGUGUCAUGGGAAGGAUACAACACAAAGAUGCUACUGCCUCAAUUGUUGAAACGGGUUUAACACCAAGUUUGCACAGCGUUGUGUGGUGUUGAUUUAAUUCUCCGUGUUUCCACAUUUGUGUGCAUUAAUGGCUCAGAGUUAAUUUACAAGAAAACACAUACAGUGAUACUUAUGUAAUGAAGAUAAAAUACAAGUGAUGAAAGAGCUGCUACUACACCCCCCAGCAACUUAGCAGCAAUGAGAAAUGCAGAAAGAGAGUUAAAAGUAGUGAAAACAUGUCUGGCAAAACUAUUAAUUUUCAAAACACGGAAGAGCUAGGUUACAGGGGAAUAAUUAUGUUCCAGAAGAUUGCUGUCAUUUCCAAUUAUGGCUCCGGUUUGGUUCAGCUAAAAUGACUUUUCCAUAUUUAUUUUCAUUCUUUGUUGAGGGUACUGUGUAGAAAGCGUACUUUGAAACGUUCACUAUGGAUUUCUCUUUAAGAUCGGCACCAAUGAAUGUGGGAUGACUGGGAAUGUUCUAUUAAUGUGUCGUUUUUUUCUAUUAAUGUAUGAAAUGUUUAUGUGCUGUUUGCGGGAUAAUGGCUUUUAUACAAGCUCUGUGAGUACCACAGAAUCUAUAAUAAAUCAUAUUGACAUCC